GCCCCGAUCACUCAUCGUGACUGUCCGUGACAGCGGAUCUUGGCACGUGACAACCCCAUUCGGCCCCAGACGGGGACCCCGGGGACUGCUCCCUGCUCGUGCGACGCCUCGACAGCGCCGCCACCGUCCGUGUCUGCGAGCAUCUGCCCGUCAUGCUCCUCCUGCCCAGUCUCGCGGUCUUCGUCUUUGCUCACCUCGCUGCAGCGCAUGGCGACCACGGACACGACGGUCCCGCAGCAGGCGAGACAAUCCAGCAAUAUGCUGAAAGACACAUGGCCAGGGAGCAUCAUAUCGACUCGUUCGACCCACCGGCCUUCUUCCAGUUGCACGAUCUGAACGGAGACAAAAUCUGGGACCGCGAAGAGAUUGAGGCAAUCUAUGGCGUGCAUCACGUCUACUCGCAGAGGAAAUCAAAGGACGACAUCGAGCACCAGAAGAAGGCCGACCUCAUUGUCAACACAGUCUUAGACAAAAUUGACAAGGACAAGGAUGGAAAGAUAACAUUGGAGGAGUUCCUGGCCGUUGGCCUAGACGGCCUCCCCAACUUUGACAACCUCGGGGCGGAGGGCCAUCAUUACGAUGUGGAGAGCGAGUUCUUCCUCCACCACGAAGAGGAGUUCCAUUCCACGCCCGAUACACAAACAGACGAGUCCUACACACACCCCGAAGACCUCGAGCACUUUGCGCAGCACGAGCAUAUCGAGCAUGAAGAGGCCGAGCGUGAGGCACGUUUCCAAGGUAUCUCCGUUGAUGAGGCCCUCAAGCAGCACGAACCACACCCCGAAGACAAGGCCCAGCAGCCCGUCCAGGUCGCCUCGAACACCGGCGGCAACUCAACACCGGAGGACCCCGCCGACGACCCCGCGCUUCAGCCCGCCAAGCCCGGGCCCGUCAUCCCGAAAUUCACAAGAGGCAAGCAGGAGGACGAGGACCCCGCGGUGCGCUACCAGAACGCGAAGGCGAGCGGCCAGUGGGGUGAGGGCGGCUCUGGGUACGCGGCUCCUAAGGCACCUUCAGAACGACUCAAGAAGAACACGCCGUACAAGUACAAGUUCCGCCGCAAUUGGGGCGACUUCUGAUCCGCCCGUGCUCUGUGCUUUGUGGGCUUCGUGGCUGUAUUUGGAUAUUUAUCAUGAUAUCGGUGGUCCAGAUUCAAUUUGACUAUGCUGCUCGAACACUUGAAACGUGCGUGUGAAACACGCGAGCCUAUUAACCGGGAGAAGCUACGGCGAAGUGUGAUCUGUGUGUAUUUGACGAAUCUGACCUUGGUCACAUCGGACGUAGAAGCUGUAAGACGGGCCGAUUACACAAGCCCACAUAAUGUUGUGGUAGUCAACUUAUUCUCCCCG